AUAUUGUUGGAGAACUUAUUGUAUCGUAGAAUUCCAGUUCCGAAUCAGACAACGCUGAAAGGCAGAAAACUCUAAAUGGAAAUAAAAACUUUGCCAUUUUUGUCAUCGAUUUUUGAAGAACUAUUCAUUGAGACCACAAUUAUUUGCCAUUUCAACAUGAUUGUUCCCACCUGCGCCAUAGAUAGGGUCUGGUUGAUAUGGAUUUUAGGACGUUCAUUCGUCAUCAUCUAUGAAAAUUCCAAAUUGAAAGUCGUUCCAAGCUGGCUUGUUCACAGUGUAAUACUACUUCUGACCACCACAACCGAUGUGCAUCCACUGCUGCCGCCUGCGAAGGACACCAUGUCCUCCGAUUCCCUACAGCUGUCCGCACUGCCCGGUCCGCACCAUCUCCAGCUGCUGUCCACUGGGCAGUCGUCCCUUUGCCGAGAAUCCCUUCGUGAGGGGCCGGGAUCGGGAGCCACCGCCCGAUCCCUGUGUCAACCUGCCACCCCGCUGGCUGGAGGUCAACCGUCGGGUCAUCUACGCCCUGGCAAAUCAUUUGGAUCGAUCGCCGGAAGCAGCUCAUUAUAUUUUGCUACGCCUGCUGUAUGCCAACUAUGGAAAAGUGAUGAUGAUAUCCCGGAAACGCAGGAGCUUCAGAGUGCCUUUAACUGGAUUUCCGGAUCAGGACCUCUUCUCCACCAGCACCCUUUUCGAUAAUAACGGCUACCUCAGCGAUCCCAUGGCUCCGGAAACUCUAGGCAAGCUGCUCCACAUGAUGCAGGACUAUAUCUUUCGGUUAAGGGCGCUGAAUCGGAAGUACAAGUGGUUCGGAAACGGUGAAGAUCUUGGAGAAAUUCUGCCCCUGUUGGGAGAACAAGAUGAACUGGUAAGACUGUUGAGGGAACUCUUCGGGGACAGCGAUGUGGUGUCCAUUCCAAAACUUCUGCGAUCCCUCAACGAACUGGAAAUCAAUAAUUUAUUCGGCAAGUGGAAGAAGAAAAGCGCACCUUGGCUCGUGAGAAGUAUAUCCGAUCUCUAUUCGGAGGUGACGGAACCCAAGAACCCAAUAAUGAUAUCAUCCGCGGACAUGGGAUCACUUCAGAGUUCAUCCAAGGCAGGAGAAAACCCCAUCAAACCGAAGACCGCUUAUUUGCACACCGAGAUGCCGACGCUCUACCAUGAGCCCUUUGAUGAAAGGAAGAGCUCCACCUGGCUGUCCCGCCACCCAGACUCAACUCGCUUGAUGCCGGAUGGCCGGAUUGCCAAGGGCCGAGUGCGCCACUAUAGAAAUUCAGAGCAGCAGAGGAGAUUGGGCAGCUUGCGAAGGAGGUUGUCUGUGCACAGCGAAAAGUCCUUCGGCGAUGCCGAGUUUGGCGAUAUGUUCGGCCAUAUGCCAAGAAAAUCGCGAGGGUCCACCAGGCUGAGCAUUAAAUCCUUGCCACCCGAGAAAAGGAAAUCUUAA